AGGCCAUAGCCCUCGUAGUUGCAUCAGCGCAGCGUCCACCAUCUGCCGUCGACACAGUUGUAUUUUAAGUUAAUUUACGUUUAUUACUGGUAGGUUGGUGGAUUUAACAGUUUCAAAGCAUGCUAUAUUGUAGCUACUGCGCGAAAAAUGUCGAACCGGCAAUUUUGGAUGGCAGCAUAUGUUGUUCGGAAUGUGGAAAAGUUAUUAUUUUGAAUAGCUUUACGGAUGAACCCACCUUUCUUAAAGAUUCGGCUGGACUGAGCCAGUUAUCUGGAAAUUUUGUGAAGACUGUUCAAAGUGAAGAUUCAGUUUCACGGGGAAGGAUACUAAGGGAUGCACAAAUCGAUAUGGCGAGUAUGGCAUAUGCCAUGGAGGUGGAUGGUGGCGAUUCUGUCCUUAUGCCAGCGUCAAAAUUUUAUAGAAUAGCAGUUGAACGAAAUUUCACAAGAGGGCGUAGAAAAGAGCAAGUUGAGGCUGCUUGUCUCUACAUAUCAUGUCGGUAUAACAAAAAGCCAUUUCUUCUUAUCGAUUUUUCUGAGCACUUGAGGAUAAAUGUUUAUGUGCUAGGUGCUGUAUUUUUGCAGCUUUGUAAACUUCUAAGCUUGGAAGAGCACUCCAUUGUUCAGAAACCUGUGGAUCCCAGCCUUUUUAUUCAUAGAUUCUCUGAACGUAGGAGCCAGAAAGUUAUACUUGCUGGAUUUUGCCAUGGUUUGGGACAAUUGUGCCCCAUAAGCUAUAAGGGUCUAUUGGGAGGAAGGAAUGCAAAAGUUGAGAGAACUGCCCUUCGGAUUAUUGCUAGUAUGAAGCGAGAUUGGAUGCAGACAGGGAGAAAACCAAGUGGGUUAUGUGGCGCAGCGUUGUAUGUAUCUGCUCUUUCACAUGGACUCAAGUGUUCCAAGUCAGACGUUGAGGCAAUCCGGUUAGGUGUUUGUGCUCCGUUGUUUAAUAUGAGUACAAGAGAGGGACGGAUAUUGUGA